CAAAACAUCUCUCUCUUCUCUUCUCUUUCUUUUUUUUUUUUCUCUCUCUCAUUCACACAAACACGCAUAUUCAUAGAUGGAAGGUGAAUCAGUGGUGUCAAUGGUUCAAAUUUUGCUUUUUGGUGGAGAGAAGAACCUGAUGCCUCUUUUUGAUGUGUGAGUGGGUGGUGCUGCUGCUGUUCUAAUCUUCUCCAAUUUGGGUUUCAGUCUUGUUCUUCUUGUUCUUCUCUCUUUUUUUCCCUUUGUAUUCUCUCUCGUUUUCCCAUCUGACCCAUAAACAAAAAGCUCAUAAAGAUAAGGGUUUGCUCUAAGCUUGGAGUUAUCUGAUGACUAUCUCUCACCACGCAUGUUUUUAGUCAGAUAAGUGGGGUUGUGUAUUUGAAAUUCUAGUGAGAGAAAAUUAGCUAGCUAGAGAGAGAGGGGAAGGGGUACUAGUGUCUUGUUAUAUAUGCUGAAGGCCAAGUGUAAAGUUGCAGUUGUUGAGAAGGAGAGUUCUUGUGACUGUUUAUACAGCACAAGAAGACAUAAGAUUAUUAGCAGCAGAUGAUAUCCAUUGAUGAUCAUCCACCACCAGAUCCCUCAUCAUCGCAUCAUCAUCAUCAUCAACAAAACCAAAUCUCUCAUGAUCUCAAGCUUUCUGAUAUAGAUCUGAAGUUUCUAGAUGCUGAUCUUGAUGACACCAACGACAACCAUCUCCCUAAUUUCUCUAUAAGGGAUUAUGUCUUCGGUUUAAGGAGCAAAGAUAUCGCCUGUAAUUGGCCUUUCUCUCCCACAAGUUUGCAACUUUGCUUGAAACAUGGAGUCAAGAAUUUGUUGCCACCUUUCCAGCCCCUUGAUUUACUGAGAGAUAACUCAUCUGUAAUUAGCCGAUGUAAUCUUGAAGAUCCUUUACACGAUGAAGAAACCAUAAUCAGUUUUCAUGAGAAGCCCAGCAGAAAUGACGAUCAAUUCAAAUCCAAAGGCGAACAACCAUCUGGGUUUGUAACUGUAAGUACAAAUUCAAGCUGUUCCAAACGACACAACAGCCAAGAACACUUGAUUCGCACAAAGUCAAAGGAGAAACCACCUGCUUCUUCGCAUCACACCGAAAACAUCAAAAAAAGUAGAUUGGUAAUGAAAUUGAAUCCUGGUGUUGAACCAGUUGAAGAGAUUUCCAUGGCUUCCAAAAUUUGCCCAGUUUGCAAGACUUUCUCAUCAUCUUCGAACACCACCUUAAAUGCUCAUAUCGAUCAGUGUCUAACUGGUGAAGGGACUAUGAAGUGGACCGAUAACCCCAAGGUUAUAGUCAAACAUAGGGUCAAACCUAGGAAGACGAGGUUGAUGCUGGAAAUAUAUAAAACAGCUCCUCACUGUACAAUCGAAGAACUCGAUAAAAGAAACGGAACAAGCUGGGCUACAAAUUCGAGUUUUCCUGCUCAAGAAUUUCAGUUUCAAGAGGAAGAAGAAGAAGCAGAAGAAGAAGAGAAACAAGAGCAAAGCCCAAGAACAACUACCGUCAAUCAUGAAGUUGUUGAUAAUGAAGGCGAUGUUUAUAUCGAUACCGAUGGCACAAAAGUUCGGAUCUUAUCGGUUCCAAAAUCCGGUUCUUUGGAGAAUAAUCAUGGAAAUCGGAAGUUAUUGAAAGGAGUAAAAGGGAGUAAACUUGUCAUAGGUACUAAUAAGAAGAAAUUCAAAACCAGUCUUCAUAAGCAGAAACAUCACAAGAAGUAUCUGAAACUUAUCCCUAAUGCCAAAAAAGUUUGCUCAACAAAGCCUCAGCUGAUUGUUGAUGAACAGGCGACAAAUGAUGAAGAAGAAGAUGCUGCCAUAGCUGAAAAUUGCAGAAAAGAUGAACCACCCAGAAAGCCUGUGAAUGAUCCGGUGGAUGAUUUGGCUAUUGUAAGGCCACCAUGGGCGUGCUCUAAGAGAACCAAUCUUGUAAAGAAGCUCACUGGGAAACGGAAGCAUAGGAAGAACUUGCGCAUUGAAAGUGAUAAGUCUUCUUCACGAUGUGAUUUGGGAAAUCCUCCACUUUCGUCUGAUGACGUGGCACCGUCACAAAGUAGGAAGAAAACGAGAACUUCCUCACCAUUAAUGGCGGAGUUCAGAAAAGAAAGCACCCGUAUGCAUGAAGACAACGAGGGUUCUCCAAAUUCUUCAAGUCCAUCUAAAAAUUCUGAUAGAGCCGAUACAAGAUCUAAGGGUAGAAAGUUUUUGAGGAAGAAUCUAUCGUUCCCAGUAGCUAAACUUAAUUUAAAAAGGAAAUCUUCUUCUUUUAAUGGAACAUUUCAAGAUUCAUCGAAAGAGAAUUCUCUUUCUAGAAAUGAAGAACACGUGGCUGCUGUAAGAAACAACCAGGAGACAAGAUCAAGAUCCGUUACUUCAAAGACUUCAAAUGAAGAAUCUUCUGAUGGAGUUGAAACUGCUGAUAUGGAUGCAUUACAUGAUAUUCAAUCUGUUAGAAACGAGACGUUGCUAUCGAAUCUUGAACAAGUUUGUGUUGUUCCACCUCCAAAUUUCACAGGUUUGAGCAACUCUUUUGAUCCAGAGUUUUCAAAAUGCGUUGAGAUGUAUCAAGAACAGCUAUUAUGUUCGACUAAUCGUGCUCCAGAUGUUGAAAAACACGAUUUUUUCUUUCAUGAAGAUGACCCGAUACCGAUUCCCGGACCACCCGGAUCGUUCUUGCCGCCAAGCCCUGGCGGAGAUGUGGUUUCUGAAGAACAACUUCAAGCAAAUUCAUCAUCCACCACCACCACAAGAGUUCCAUCAAGCGAUCAAAACCAUCAUCAUGAUACAAAUGAUCGAGAUUCCAUGUCUAAUUCUCCGGUUUCAACCGUUUCUAAUCCCAGUUUAGCAAGAUCAGAUUCAAGAUCGACUUCUGUCGCACCAGAUGAUACAAAAUAUUUUCCGACCAGUUUCAAGAACGAUCAUCAGCCUUGCUGUUGCUCUAGAAAAGACGGUGCUUUUUCAUAUAAUCAUGAAUCAUCGAUUGUAAGGAGACAAACGAUGGAAUCAAAUAAGAGUAGUAGUGCUCCAGGUGUUAAUUUCAACUUCAGAUCUGACACUUUUCCACUAAGCAACUACUCGACUUCCCAAGCACCUGAAACUGCAAUCUUUCCUUUUCCUACCAUGAAAAAAUUACCAAUUUACAGUGAUAACGAUUCGGUUGCUAGCCCUUCGAAACCUGUUCUUAGGUUAAUGGGAAAAAACUUAACCGUGGUUAAAACAGACGAAGAUGUAUUACCAUCACCAUCUUCACAGCCAUUUAGACCACCGCAGGGAAGUCAUCAACACCAUCCUCAGCCACCGGUUAUUUUUACCCAGUUCCAAAAUGGCUCUGAGUCUCAACGUUUCAAUGUGUAUCCACAUCCACAGGUGAACAACAUGAGAAGUACUACUCAUGGUGGUUUCAUGGCACCUGUGGAUCGUUAUGGCCAUGGUGGUCAUUACGCAGUGCCCCAUGCAAGGUCCCACCAUAACUAUAACAGUAAGGAGAUCAUCGUAAUUGAUGAUCUCCCUGAAAAUGAAUUGGAUGAUUGUAUGCGAAACGAAAUCUUGAGAAGAAACCACGGGCAGAUGAAUCCGUUAUACUCAAUGUACCAGGCACAAAGUUCCAGUCAUCUGUACAGUAGUGGUGGUGGUGGUGGUGGUGGUUCAACAGUGUUUCGUGGUGGCAGUUUCAAUGGAGAUCUUGGCAAGUGGAAUGUAGGAUCAUCAUCAUCAUCACCAUCGCGUUCAACAUCUCAUAUGCGAUCUUCAACAUCAUACUAUCCUCCUAGUUAUCCAUAAUGGUACAAUGCUUACAAGAUGAGUUUUUUUUAUCAAUAUCUUUUUAACUGAAUAGUUUUAUUUCUCUUUAAUCGGCUUUUUAGAGUUUAUAAGAACUUUUUGAGGCUUCUAUGCACGGGUAGCCUUAUAGUUACCCGAAUAAUAAUAAGUCUCUCUUUAACUAUAAACACUAUUUCAUGUGUUGUGUUUUUUUAAAGUCAAGAACCUGAAAAGAUACGAGUUCCAUGCA